AGGACACAAAGAUCUGUACAAGAACGUCAUGAUGGAGGAUCACCAGCCACCAAUUAAAGAAGAGAGAACAACUCCCAGUCCUCUAAUUCUACAGGAUGAGAGAUAUCCCAGUCCUCUUCUUCUACGGGAUGGUUCAGAAGAACAUCAAAGCAUUCCAUAUGAUCAUCAGAUAGAUGGAAAUAAGUUUUUAAAUCUGGGUAAAGAUCUGAACAAUAUUAAGGCUGAAGAUACAUAUGUGAGGGUGAUCAUAGAGGACAUUCCCACCGAUAACCACCCAGAUUACUGUACCAGGAGCUCAGAAAAACAUGUGAUGUUCUCAGAUUUUAGAACAGAUCAUUGUGGUUUUACAGAAGAUACACAUGAAGAGCAUGCCACUAUCUCGGAUGUAUCCUCAGCCUUUCACAGCAAAGAUCUAUUAUCUGAUCCUUUGGAUGGAUUUCAAUCUUCUGAUACAUCACAGACUGUUAAGCAAAAUAAAAGCCACAGAAGAAGUGUUCAUCAUCAAAGAAGUCAAACAGGGGAGAAUGCUCUUUCAUGCUUAGAAUGUGGGAAAUGUUUUAAAUCUAAAUCAGAUCUUAUUAGACAUCAGAGAACUCACACAGGGGAGAAGCCAUUUCCAUGUUCAGAAUGUGGAAAAUGUUUUAUUGAUAAAUCACAUCUUCGUAACCAUCAGCGAAUUCACACAGGGGAGAAGCCAUUUUCUUGUUUAGAAUGUGGAAAAUCUUACACACAGAAAUCAUGUCUUGUUAUACAUGAGAGAACUCACUCAAGGACUAAUACAUUUUCAUGUUCAGAAUGUGGGAAAUGUUUUCAGCAGAAAUCACAUCUUUUUAACCAUCAGCGAAUUCACACAGGGGAGAAGCCAUUUUCUUGUUUAGAAUGUGGGAAAUCUUACACACAGAAAUCAUGUCUUGUUAUACAUGAGAGAACUCACACAGGAGUGAAGCCAUUUUCUUGUUUAGAAUGUGGGAAAUGUUUUAUUGAUAAAUCAACUUUUGUUAAACAUCAGAGAACUCACACAGGGGAGAAGCCAUUUUCUUGUUUAGAAUGUGGGAAAUAUUUCAUAUAUAAAUCAAAUCUAGUUAUACAUCAGAGAACUCACACAGGGGAGAAGCCAUUUUCAUGUUCAGAAUGUGGGAAAUGUUUUCAGCAGAAAUCACAUCUUCUUAACCAUCAGAGAAUUCACACAGGGGCGAAGCCAUUUUCUUGUUUAGAAUGUGGGAAAUCUUUUACUGAUAAAUCAAGCCUUGUUAUACAUGAGAGAACUCACACAGGAGAGAAGCCAUUUUCUUGUUUAGAAUGUGGGAAAUCUUUCAUAAAUAAAUCAAAUCUAGUUGCACAUCAGAGAAUUCACACAGGGGAGAAGCCAUUUUCUUGUUUACAGUGUGGGAAAUCUUUUGCGCAGAAAUCCGAUCUUGUUAAACAUCAGAAAAUUCACACAGGAAAGAAGCAAUUCAGCCUAUCAAUCAAUGGGCCCAUUUUUAAUGGCCCCUUAGAUCGAAGUGCACCCAUCUAACGGCCAUUAAACACGAUAAUACGCUACUGCAAUAUGGCCUUUUGGGUUAAAAAAUCACUCACCUCAUCCAUUUGCUCACACAGGGGCUGUCUGCUCCUCUCUUGAUUGAAAAAGACCUGCUGAAGGACCUGCACUUAGCGUGAUGACUUCACCACAUGAUCAUGCUGGGAGAGCACGGUGACAUCAUCACAUUGAGCGUAAGUCCUUAGACAGGUCUUUUUUAGUUGAAUGGAGCGGACUGCCUCUACGCGAGCAAGUGCAUUAGAUGAGUAAAUUGUUUUUUCUAAGACAACUUCAGCCGCUAUUUUAGGAAAAAUGUUUCGUAAACAUGACGCCCAAGGAAAUUCGGCUUCAUUUAAAAUCAAAUUUUUCCUAAAAUUCUGACUGAAUUCCACUUUGGAUGGUUCGCUUCGCUGAACACUAGUGGUAAUCAUAUAGAAGAUCUUGUUAGACAUCCGAGAAUGCACACGGGGAGAAAUUAUUUUUAUGUUUUGAAUGUGGAAAAUGAAAUAGAAUUCAGUCAAGUCUUAUCACACAUCAGUGAAUUCACACAGGGCCAAAGCCACUGUCAUGUUCAGGAUGUCAUCUAUAAUUGCAUAGCAGAGAGCCUACAGAGAAAAAAAAUAAUUCUACCAUGGGAUUUUUUUACAUUUUGUCAACUUGCGUUACAAGUUGUAGUUUUUAUGGUGCCAUUUUGGGGUACACAUGACCUCCCAAUUAACUUUUUUUUAACUCUUUCUGGGAGAAAGAUGGGGAAAAACAUCAAAACUGUUUUUACACUAUAAAAUUUGCAGUGUUUAUUUUUUGGCUCAAAUUACGUAACUUUAUUCAUUAUUAGAAUAUUUUUUUUAAGUUUUAUUUUUAGAAUUUUUUUUAAGUUUUAUUACUGUUGCACAAUAAAACAAUUUUUUUUUAAAGUAGAAAAUGUUUUUUGCAUCGCCAAAUCCCAAGACACACAACUUUUAUUUAUUUAUUUUUCUUUCCAUGGAGCUGUAUGAAGGCUUGAUUUUUGCAGGAAAACUUGUAGUUUUCAUUGAUUUCCUUUUGGGGUACACAUUGACUUGAAUGGGCCUGCAGUCCGUAAAAUACGUCAAAAGAUAGGACAUGUCCUAUUUUUGCGGAGCUGAGUCACAGAUUGGAAGCCCAUGGAAACACUGAGAAGCUCGUCCAAGGACUUUGGGGUCUGUGCCUCUACAAGGUAAAAGAUUGGACAUGUCCAAUCUUCUAAAGUAUUUUGCAGAUCACAAACCCAUUUAACUCAAUGGGUCCGAACCGCCAUACGGACUUCACACGGCCGGUACCCAUGUUUUGAGGACCAAUAUUUGAAGUCCGCAACAGGGGCACGGCAACCAUGCGUUCAUCUGAAUGAGCCUUAAAAUCAGGACCUGAGCUCUAGAGUCCACUAAAUGUAUUGCACAUGCUCUCAGGUCCUGCGUGAAACAAAGUAAAUGACCCUGCGCUGUAAUCAGGUGAUCCGUCACAUGAUUUCCUUUAGUCUUUAUAUAACUGUGUCAAACAUGUUGUUACCAUUUGUUAAUAAAUAUCUGCAUUUUGGA